UUGUUUUUGUAGCUCCCAGGUGCGUUUCCUCCACCUUGACGCUCAGGUAGACGGAAUAGGUUGGAAACUUGACGGAAACUCACGUUUUAAAGCGACGUUUUCUUACAGAGAGGGCAGAAUGGAUUAAAGAAAUGAACGUUUAAAGGAAGCUGAGGAGGAGAGCUGUGAUCCAGGAGCCUGUUGGAGGACUCACCGUGUAAACUAUUUUGGAGCCAUGUCUGCAGGCAGCACUGGCAGUCUGAGACACAGCUCAGGACCAGGAGGCUACAAACAUGGACCCAGCCGGAGCAGCAGCCAGAGGUCAUCGUAUGAGGAGCGCUGUGUAGACCCAGUGGAAGACACGCUCCCCACCCCAGAGCCAAAGACAGUCCACAAAGCUCGCGUGAAAGAUGCAAACGGAAAGGAGUGUGAGACGAUCGGCUUCAUUCCCGGCUCAGCUGAUCCUCCCUCUGCGACACAAACCUGCAACCCCUGCGCCUCUCAGAGGAGCUGCAGGACCUUUGUGUGCAGCAUGCUCACCUGCGGCCUGUAUAGGGUCUGCCAGCGCUCCAUCCUUGCUCCGUGCUUGGCGCCAAAAGAGAGCUCCACAGACGAACCAGAGGAGGUCAGCCUCCGUGCUGUGAACCCAGAGGUCAAGAAAGAGGAGGACGCAUCAGACUGGAUGGAGGAUAUCUGCAUUGCAGGAGUUAAAGUUGACAGUCCAAGAGAUUAUUUAGAAGUUGAAGUAAAACCUCUGUCAUAUGUUCCUCCAGCCAGUGGUCACACACAGUCCAUCCACGCAUCCCUGCAUGAGUCCAUGAGGUUUGACGACUGGGAGGACGGUGACGAGGACGUGGACUCGCUAAUCGCUAAGAAGCUGCUGGAGCUCUACUCUGAAUAUCAGAUCGAAGAGUUGGCCAGGUGCACCUCAGAUUCUGUGUUUCUGAGGAAGAGCAGAGCCAUCAACCACCUCAUCAACUCACUGGCAGAGGAGCACCAGAUGGACGAGCAGGAGGCUGAGUGUCGGCUGGUGCGCGGGAUCAUUCGCAUCAGCACUCGGAAAAGUUCAAGGAAGCCGGCGAUCUCCAGGAGAGAGAAGACGCUGUCGGACAGCGGGAACGAGACUAUGAGGGAGAGCGAUUUCUCUAAAUUCAGCAACAACAGUAAACCUUCCGCUUCUUCACUUCUUUGUAUUCACGUUAAACACAUUUCCUGUUAUCAUCAAUCCAUUUCUUAUUCUGUGUUUCCUCAAGAUGACUACAAAUCAAAUCCAAACAUCCAAAUAUCUGAGCUGACCUCAUCAGACCAGUGUGCCAGAGAGAUGUGGAGGAACAAUGGAGGCCAUUCUUCUGGCUCUCCGUCAGCCUACUCACCAUCCCACACAGCGACUAACUCAUCAGGUGUCCCUCUGAUCCGGACCUCGGUGAGAACAUGAGUCCUGCACCACACCGGCGACCUCUGCGUGAAUGAUUUGUCCUGCUGUGUCUACAAGGUCACAUAUGAGGAGGUGAAAGAUGACACUACUUGCACAAGAGUCUCUGGCUGAGCCACGCUCUCUGUGGACUCUGAAAAUGUGAAAGUCACAUUGUCUGAAGGACUUGAGUGAACUCAGGGCUCUGUGUGUAGAUAUUUAUGAUGACAUAUUGUGUGUGUAUUUGAAGGAUGGCUUUAUUGAAGGCUUGAAGGCAGAUAGUUGAACACGAUUAACCGUCCCUUGUACUUGAAGGAGAACAUAGGUGUGUUCAUGAAACCUGACCUGUUCAGAUUAUUCUGCUGCUGUUCUGCAAAGGACAUUAGAUUUAGUUCUGUAAAGUAGAAUGAAACAUGUUAUUUUUUGGGCACAUUUCGUAAUCUUAUCUUCACCAAAGUUUAAAUCUGAGAGAAUUCUUCUGAUUUGAGAUCAUUAAUGAUUGUAGAACAAUGAUCAUACAUUUUCUCAUGAUGGUUCCACAAUUUUCAUUAUUCGUUCAGUCUAAAAGAAAGCUUAACUCUGAGUAAAAGUGGAAUUAUUUUAUGUAAUACAACUCAGGCAGGAAAAAAGGUUUAUCAUGGUGGUCCAAACUCCUGUAAAUAAAACCUAAACAUGCCUGAUAGUUCUUUAUGCUAGGCUAAUCAUAACAUCCAAAAUCAGCAAAGUAGCCCCUCUAAAGCUCACAGGAUAACACCUCAUAAUGACUUUAUUCCAGAAUAAAUAUAUAAAACAUGUAAUCUUGUGUUUGUUCAGGGGGCUGUGCACCAGACGUUCUUGUCUUUGUAUAUAUCUCAGCUCUGUUAGUUGUUUUGAUGUUAAGCUAAUGUGGUUGUAUGCUGGAGGAAGCUUUAAGUGGCGUACAGAUAUGAGAGCAGCUUUCACUCAGCAGGAAAGUUAAUGAAUGACCCGGUUUAGAGAAAGUCGGCAUCUUCAGAAAAAGCUAGUGGCUGGACAUUUAGUUUUUUCUCCUCAUCUCAUAAAUCUUUGUGUGUGUGUGUGAAUUUUUUUAAUACGAUGAGUCCAAUUUAUUCUUAAAGCUAUUGUAUUCUGCUCUCAGGUUGCAAAGGGGUGGAAUGUUUCCGGUAAAUUUCCAUGGGAAGUUAAGCUGGGGAAUUUUGGAAAUAUUCCAAAUUGUAAACUUUCCAUGGGAAUUAUGGGAUUUAAUGGGAAUGUAUGGGCAUUAACUGGGAAUUGAGGGUAAUUUAAUGGAAAGGUAUCAUAUCCAAGCAUAAGUAUUUGUUUUUUUAUAAGCAGACAUCCAUCCAAAAUAAUACAAUUAAAUUUGAUAAUUGUAAGUUAAACAAGAGUACCGUACAUCAAAUUUGCUAAAUAUAAUUAAUUGUCAAAUGUGUGACUUCAAUAGUGCUCUGGGCUCAAAAGUGUGGUCCAGGAUUCUAGAAAUCAUGUGUGCUUCAUGUGAUGGAGGAAUGCACAGUGCAUGUAGGGGGCGUGGUCUCAAUAGCCCUGCAGUAAGCAGUGUGCUAUGUGCAUGUGAUUGAGGAAUAGCAUAAAUAUUCAACUGUACUUGCAUGAAAUCUGGUUGUUUUAGUCAGGAUUAUGUUAAAAUAUAUUUUCCCCAACUAUAUUUAAGUUCUCUAUGAAGAGCCAACCUUCAAUUUAGUCAAUUCCUGCUUUAUUCACGUUUAUUCCCAUACAUUCCCGUUAAUUCCCAUGGAAAGUUUCCAACUUUGAAAAUUCCCAGAAUUUUGCAACCCUAGUCUGGUCUCGUGUGGCUCAUAUUAAACAGACCGCUCUUCUGUUUGUAGUGAACUGGAUGUGUGAUGCAUCAUGGGUAAUUUGUGGAUAUCCUCAUCUCUGGUAAUGAAGCUGCUGGUGUGUCAUGUGUUGUAUGUUUGUAGUGAAAUCAUCCCAAGCUGACUCACACAGUGAACGUCUGCUCGCUGUAUUUGCUGUGCUCGCUCCUGGGUGCUGAUGGGAAUUAAGCCAGCUGACUCAGCUCUGUGUUCGUCUUAUCAGCCUUAGAUUAUUGACCCUAUUGUUUUUCCUUCAGUUUGAAAUGAAACUCAAAUCUCAAAAAACAAGUGUCUCAUAUUGCCAACCUUUGUGCCAUAUUGAAAUUCAAAGUGUAAAGGAGGGACUGCUUUUGUGCCUUGAGGUAAUAUGGACUGAGAUAGUUCAAUCACCACAGAAUGUUUUGGAAUUUGGCUGCAGAACCAGAGCGGUUAUGAUGAAAUGGUGUGAAACCGGUUGCUCUGGUUUUGACUCAGAAACCAAAAACACACCUGGACUUUUAAAUGAGUGACGAUGAAUGUGUUUGUGUUUCAUUUGCAGCGACCUGUAGCCAUGUUUGCAUACUUUGUAUUUAAUUAGAUGUAAUUGUUUGCUUGAGCAUAGCAUUUUGGUUUCACUUGCACAGUAGUUUGUUUAGAUGGUUCCUUGUAGAUGUUAAUGUUGCUUUCACACCUUUUAUAGUACUUGUGUGUAGCCAGGGCUUUUAAUUUGAUGGUGCACCAUCUUUAAAGUGAUUUUCACCAUAAAAACAAUAAAGUAAAUGAAGUCAAACACAA